GGCCGUUAGUGAGGAGUGAGGCGCGAGACGGGGUGCGAGGUUCGUCUGUGAGCGACGUUCGCUGACGGAGAAGCGAGAGAAAAGUCUGGAAAAGUGCGAAAAAGUGGAGGAAACUGAGGCGAACGGACACUUUUCUUCGGGUUUACGGCUCCUCGACAGCGAAAGGAUUUAUUUUCGAAAAAGAAGACGGCAUAAACGGAGCGGCGUGAAGGAGUUUAUUGCUCUUUUUAAGUAACUUGUGGAAUUCGACAGGCACCCGUUACGAAACAACAGUUCCCUGCUCGUUUUUUUUUUUUUUUUUUUAAAUAAUCUAAAUACAUAUUUCUUUCCCUUUCUGGAUUAAGUGACCGAAAUCGAGGAAGAAAAAGGAAUAGAGAAACGCGUCGCGGACCGGGGGAAGUCCGAAAAACCGGACAGAUCAUUGACGCUUUUACUUACCGUGAUCUUUGACUUUGACGUUCGUUCUCGCUAGUUGCUUUACAAUUAUUAUUUUUGUUACUAUUAUUAUUAUAUUGAGUGAGCUGAGUGUGUGAUAAAUAUGGUGGGGGAAAUGGAGGCGAGGGAGAAGCCGAGACCGAGCCCCGACUAUCUGAUGCAGCUGAUGAACGACAAGAAGCUGAUGAGCAGCCUGCCCAACUUCUGCGGCAUCUUCAACCAUCUGGAGAGACUGUUGGACGAAGAGAUCGGCAGGGUACGGAAGGACAUGUACAAUGACACGCUGAACAGCAGCACUGAAAGGAGGACUUCAGAGCUGCCCGAUGCUGUGGGACCCAUAGUACAGCUGCAAGAGAAACUUUAUGUGCCAGUAAAAGAAUAUCCAGAUUUUAACUUUGUGGGGAGGAUCCUGGGUCCGCGGGGGCUGACAGCAAAGCAGCUAGAGGCGGAGACUGGCUGCAAAAUCAUGGUGCGAGGGAAAGGCUCCAUGCGAGACAAAAAGAAGGAAGAACAAAACCGGGGAAAGCCGAACUGGGAGCACCUCAACGAGGACCUACACGUGCUCAUCACUGUGGAGGACUCUCAGAACAGGGCAGAAAUCAAACUGAAGAGGGCAGUGGAGGAGGUGAAGAAACUCCUAAUACCAGCAGCCGAGGGGGAGGACAGUCUGAAGAAGAUGCAGCUGAUGGAACUGGCCAUCCUCAACGGAACCUACCGGGAUGCCAACAUCAAGUCACCCUCGCUUGCCUUCUCCCUGGCCGCAACCGCCCAGGCUCCACGCAUCAUUACGGCCCCUGCCCCGGCGAUGCCGCCGGCCGCCCUGCGAGCCCCCGCACCCGCUGCACCCACCUUGAUGCCCCUGAUCCGGCAGAUCCAGACUACGGCCCUGGUUCCAGGGGCCACACCGCACCCAGCGGCUGCCCUGGUCCCCCAGGGGCCUGAGUCUGGCCUCAUCUACACACCCUAUGAAUACCCUUACGCACUGGCACCCACUGCUUCCAUACUGGAGUACCCCAUUGAUUCGAGUGGUGUACUAGCAGGUGCUGUGGCCGCUAAGGUCCGAAGGCAUGACGUACGAGUCCACCCUUACCAAAGGGUCGUGACCGCUGACAGAGCUGCCACUGGCAACUAACCUAUGACCUUCUGACCUCUGAACUCUUCACCCAAUGACGACCUGACCAUUGCCUGCCGCUGACCAGCUCUCUGGCAAACAUCUUUUCUGCCGCUUUGCGGUUGCGAGGCCAGUUGAAGGUGCAGCUUUUCACCCUAACCGUACGACGCAGCAACUCAACACCGCCAAACCUCCACCCCCUUCACCUCCAUUGUGGCCCUUUCUGGUCAGGUGAUCUGGGCCUUGAAACCUGCACUGAACUGUAAAGCAAUAAUAAGGUCCAAUUGCUCCUGCCAUGGCAUGCCAAGUCAAAUGUCACCGCCAACCAUGCCCACUGUUCUCCAACCCCCAGAGGAGAAGCAGAAUGACGGAAUGUGGGAAGAUGCCCGAGGAACAAUUCAAUUCUGCGGUCACUCUCUACCCCCCGUGCUACCCUCCAGGAGACUGGCCAUGACCCUUCGUGACUAGCUAGGGUGUCGAGUGUGCCGAGUGAUUGGGGCUGUCAUGCUUUUACCUUUCUGUAGCUCGCUCGUGUCAGUAAAAACACGUUACUGGCUCAAACGGACACUAGGGAGCCCCCAUAUCCAUGGAAACCAAGCGAAAACCAGGCAAUCAUGAGUGUUCAGAGGGCAGAAAAUAGGUGGGUCCAAACCUGAGGAACGGGUGAGGGAGAGCAAACGACUGACAGUCAGCGGAAAGGCACAAGAUGAAAGGUACAAGCAUCUCUCUUCCCAUUACUCAGCAGCAUUAUUUUUAAACGAAGGCAUCCUUGUUUUUAAGGGUGUUAAAGCCAUGCUUGCCUACCUGCUCAACAUGUGUUAAAACUGUUACUGAGUGUACGACAAAGAAAAACACACACGUUAAGAAAAAUAUGUACUUUUAUUAUACAGGGGUGCUGCAGAAGUGUAAAAGUAUAUUUUUCAGAAAUGCAGUCUUUUGUAUUUU